AUGGACGAGACGACGAGAAACGAUGGAAAAAUCGCACUGUACAUUGCGAGUUUGGCAAUUUAUGCUGAACAGCGUCACUAUUACGUGUUGAAUUCCGUCUGUUGUUCAGCAAUUAUCGCGGGAACUGAGGUAGAGGCAAUUCUCUUUCCAGUGAAUAUGCCCGUCACAGCUUACGCUGAGACUCAACCCACAUUCGACAGUUUCGAGGAGGCGUUCAAAGAUAGCGAUCUACUGGACACUCGAUGCAAAACACACGAUAAAAUAAUCCUUUAA